GUUCCGUGUUCUAAAGCCAGAAACGGCAUCUGUGAUGUUGCACAGCAAACUGCUAGUUAAAAGAAGAUCAAGUCUGUAACCUCCAAUCUGUCAGUCAAAACGUGAAGAAAAAACCUGAUUGCUUUGUCCUGGGAAAUAGUAAUCCUGCCUGAUACACCUGCUUGCAGGAGAGAGAGGAUGUAAUGGAGCUGCUUGAAGAAGAUCUCACAUGCCCAAUUUGUUGCAGUCUAUUUGAUGAUCCUCGAGUUUUGCCUUGCUCACACAACUUCUGCAAAAAAUGCUUAGAAGGUAUUUUAGAGGGAAAUGUGCGGAAUUCUUUGUGGAGGCCGUCUCCAUUCAAGUGUCCUACAUGCCGUAAGGAAACUUCAGCUACGGGAGUUAAUAGCCUGCAGGUUAAUUACUCCCUGAAGGGUAUUGUGGAAAAGUAUAACAAGAUCAAGAUCUCUCCCAAAAUGCCAGUGUGCAAAGGACACUUGGGGCAGCCUCUCAACAUUUUCUGUCUGACUGAUAUGCAGCUUAUUUGUGGAAUCUGUGCUACUCGUGGUGACCACACCAAGCAUGUCUUUUGUUCUAUCGAAGAUGCCUAUGCUCAGGAAAGGGAUGCCUUCGAGUCCCUCUUCCAGAGCUUUGAGACUUGGCGUCGGGGAGAUGCUCUUUCUCGCCUGGAUACCUUGGAAACUAGCAAGAGGAAGUCCCUACAGUUACUAACUAAAGAUUCAGAUAAAGUAAAGGAAUUCUUUGAGAAGUUACAACACACGUUGGAUCAAAAGAAAAAUGAAAUCUUGUCUGACUUUGAGACCAUGAAACUUGCAGUUAUGCAGGCCUACGACCCAGAGAUUAACAAACUUAACACCAUCUUGCAGGAGCAGCGAAUGGCAUUUAACAUUGCUGAGGCUUUUAAAGAUGUGUCAGAACCCAUCAUAUUUUUGCAACAGAUGCAGGAGUUCAGGGAGAAAAUCAAAGUAAUCAAGGAAACUCCUCUACCUCCAUCUAAUUUGCCCACUAGCCCUUUAAUGAAGAACUUUGAUACCAGUCAGUGGGAAGACAUAAAAUUAGUAGAUGUGGAUAAGCUUUCUUUGCCUCAAGACACUGGCACAUUCAUUAACAAGAUUCCCUGGAGCUUUUAUCAGUUAUUUGUGGUAGUCCUUCUGCUUGGCCUUCUCAUUUUCUUUGGUCCUACCAUAUUCCUAGAGUGGUCUUUAUUUGAUGAAUUGGCAACUUGGAAAGACCAUCUUUCAAACUUCAGUGCCUAUCUGACUAAAUCAGCUGAUUUUGUAGAACAGUCUGUUUUUUACUGGGAACAGGUGACAGAUGGAUUUUUCAUUUUCAGUGAAAGAUUCAAGAAUUUUACUUUGGUGGUGCUGAACAAUGUGGCAGAAUUUGUGUGCAAAUAUAAACUGUUAUAAAAUCUGUUCCAAGUAUGCAGUUCUGUCUUUUGUUAGAUAUUGUUAGAGAAUAGAAUAGUAAUUCAGAUUUGGUCAAGAUUCUAGUCAGAUAUUUCCUCCAAAACAAUUCCUUCCAAAAAUAAUGUUCUGUUUAUGUUCAAAUUAGGUAGCAUAAGGAUGAAUGUGUACAUUAGUAGUACAGUCCUGAACCCUCCUUCCUGUUUAAAAAGUACUUUUGAAAUAAGCACCUUCCCCUUGGUUGUAUUUCUGCUGUGACAGAGCAUAGGAUCUAAUGUAAUUUUGAUGGAGUAGGUAGUGCAAAGAGCAGUUGUUCUUCAAGCAUGUGAUAAGGACUCCUGUAAAGCAAAUUCCUUUGACAGUGAACAUUCUUUUAAAAAAUGAAAGAAUCCAGUUUUGGAAAAUAACUUUUCUAUGGUAAGUACUAAGUGACUUAUGGUAUAUAAAACUGGCAAUCUUAUAACUUUUUGCAAAGUUCUAUUAAUAAAGCCAAUUUGUUAAUUAAAAAAAAGGAAAGAUGGUUUGUUUGAAAAUAUGGGUGGGCUGAAUUUACAAACUUUCGUCAAAUGAUUGAUUCCUUUAUCACCAGUAUAAAUCUUACAUAAACAAAAGCUGGCAUUUUCUUCUGAUAAGUUUACAUUUUUCAGAGGGUAGAGAUUUUAGUCUGCCCUUUUUUUCUUUCUCUGUUUUUAUACAUUUUUUCACCAAAGGUGAUCAAAAGUGUUAAGUGCAAAAGUGUUAGGUGGCUGCAAGCGAAGGGGUAGGUUUAAAAACAAAAGAUCUAACACCUGGUAACAGUAGGAAAUGGGAAUGCCACUUUUUUACUGGCAACAAAGUGUUGUGUUGUUCCAAAGUAUCACAGCAACUGUACAACCAAACCAGUCCACUUGCUUACAGAAUUUGAAGUGUAGUAAGACUAACUGGACAACAGAUGAAGCAUUUGGUCAGCUAUUAUAAAAUACAAAGUAAUCAGCUGACCAGUAAUGGCCUCCAAUCGGUUCACAUGAAAUAAAUAGAAUGAAAAUAUUUAAUUUUCUCAUUUUGAAGGCAGAGAGAUUAAUUUAGAACUGCUUUCUAUUCCAUCAUAUUUUUCAUGGAACAAGGCAUUCCUUUGGAAAAAGCCCACUAAAUGAAAUAGAACUUCAGAGAAUAGGUGUCUUUACCUAGUCCUUUUAAUUUGGUUGAAAGGAAGUAUAAUGUAAGAGAGAUAGGAAAAAUGGUGGCAAAUAAAUUUAAAAGUCCAGGAAAAAAACCAUCUCCUUGUAACUGUGAGAAGAACCAGAUUAAGAUGCUAAGUGAGAUAAUGGCUGCCUUAUUCUUAACAUAAUUCAUUAUUUAGCCACUAAAUUGUUAGGAUCAUAUAAGAAUUAAGACAAUGUUUUUUAAAAUAAAUCUCACUUUUGCCAUGAUGGCUCAUAAAAGGUAAAAGGUCUGGGGAGGGGGGAGUACUUUUCUGCUGUU